GGGGGAUAUGGGGGAUAGAUCCCCCCCUUGACCUUUUUUUUUUUCCUAGGUAGCUAAGUUGUCUCAUUUUCUCUAAUAUUCUUAAUAUGAUAUAAUUAUAAGUGAAAUUACUUUCAAGCAUGUAUGUUUAAUAAAUGUUCUAGUCGUGGUAAUUGUAGUAAUUGUACCGCUCUGAUAGUCUGAUAUACUAAUCGCCACUAAUCGUUGGCGGCAUGUACGACUAUCAGGCAACAAUAACUAUACCUAUAUUAUGGUGUACUGUAUUUUGUACGUUUCUGCGAAUUAUUUUUCAUGCAAGAGUGUUUAUAAUAAACCCGAUAAGCAAUCGGUAUUCGGUAAACAAAACAAAAUGAAUACCGUGGAUUAACCAUAGGCCGGGUUUAUUUUUAGAAAAUUUGUUACUAGUAGAUUUAUGGCUAAUCGCUAAUGUAUAGCGAUUAUAGAUAUUAUUAUUACAUUAUAUUUUAUCGUAUGAUAUCGUGAUUUGUGAAAAGUAGAUAUUUACGGUCGUUGGACGUUGACGGAUAGCGAGUAGCGACGCCAUUCCGAGUACUGACUUACUGCCGAAUUAACUAUUGUUCGACUUUUAUUUUUUUCGUCUUGUUAGUUGUAACUGUGAAGUUUUAAGACAAUAAUACAAUAAGAGUAAUACUCAAAAACAAAAAAACACUUUAUUUUCUUAUUUUAGUACAAAUAAAAAAAUUUGUUUGGAAAAUGAUGAGGCUGCAUCUGAAGAAGAAGAACAUGAGUUAUUGCAAUCCACAUCAAAACCUAUUACAAAUAUAAAUGAUAUUGGUAAUAUCGUUGAUAAAUCGUUUUUAAAAGAUGCCGAUACAAAACUUGUGCUUACUAAUCUGUGGGUCCCAGAUACAAAGUAUAACUUUCCUAUACUUGAAUGCAAUAAAAAACGUGGACUGAAAUUCCAACAUAAGUGGCUUCAUGAAUUUAAAUGGCUUUGUUAUUCAGAAAUUAAAAGUGGUGCUUUCUGUAAACACUGUGUUUUAUUUGCAAAGAGUGGUGGUGUUGGAAGUCAAUCUUUGGGAAACUUAGUAACUGAACCCUUUACAAACUGGAAAAAGGCUAAAGAGGUUCUAAUUUAUUUUGUAAUUUGUAAUCACGUAAUUUUUUAACAAAUGAUAAAAUGCUUUCCAGGUUUUUCGAUAUCAUAUGAAUUGUAAAUAUCAUUUGUCAGCAGUUCUUGAUUCUGAGCAUUUUUUGAAGGUUUUAAACAAAGAAGAACCAUCUAUAAUCGAACGAAUUGAUCGAAAUAGAAUGACUCAAGUUGAAGAAAACCGCAAAAGACUUAGACCGAUUAUUGAAUGUAUAUUAUUAUGUGGCAGAGAAGAAUUAGCAUUACGUGGUCAUAAAGAUUUUGGUAGCAUUUCAGUUGAUGAAGAUGCUUUGAGACAAGGAAAUUUUCGGGCCAUACUUAAAUAUAGAGCAAAAGGUGAUGAUUUUUUACGAAGUAUUCUUGAGGGUCCAGGGAAAAGAAAUAAGUACACCAGUCCAACUAUCCAAAAUGAUAUAAUAGAGUCCUGUAAUACAAUACUAUUGAAAAAAAUUGCAAAAAAAGUGAACGAGUCUAAAUGUUUCUCGGUACUUGCCGAUGAAACCACAGAUAUUUCAACAAAAGAACAGCUUGCUAUUUGUGUAAGAUAUGUCAGUGAUGAUAACAUGUUGCAUGAAGAUUUUUUACAAUUUUUUGAGAUUGAAAGUCUGACUGGUGAAGCUUUGGCAAAUUCCAUAUUAAAUGGUUUAAGCAAAUGUGGGAUUGAUUGUAGUUAUUUGCAUGGACAGGGCUAUGAUGGGGCCAGUAAUAUGUCUGGGCAAUUUAGAGGUGUACAAAGUAUUGUUAGGUUAAAAUAUCCAAAAGCAGUUUAUGUCCAUUGUUCAGCACAUUCACUGAACUUAGCUGUAUCAACAGCUAGUGGUAUUAGACCAAUUAGGAAUUGUUUAGGAAUAAUUGAAAAGGCCUAUCAGUUUUUCAAUACUCCAAAAAGAAAUUCUAUUCUUCUACAUGAGAUUGAAAAUUCAGACCACGAGCCCAGUGUAAAACAAUUAAAACGACUAUGUGCUACCCGUUGGGUACAACGGUAUGAUGCAGUGAACGAUUUCUCUGAGCUCUAUCCAUUCGUUCUUAAAGCAUUAGACACAAUAUGUGAUUGGAAAGAUCCAGCAGACGCCUCUAUGCUUAAACAUUCUAUGGAAGAUACCGAAUUCUUAAUUUCGUUUUAUAUAGUUAAGUUCCUAUUUUCUUUUUGUCUUCCUCUAUGUAAGCAGUUACAAAAAGUACAAAUAGAUUUAAAAAAAACUAUAGCUAUAGUUGAGAAUGUAGUAAUCACUCUGAAGGCCAUUAGAGACAAUUACAAAACCGAAUUUAGUCAAAUCUAAAUAAAUGUUAAAAUGGCUGCAGACAAUGUUGGUAUUGAA